AUGUUCUCUCUCCGCUCCGUCCUGGGAGCCCCCGGCGCCCUCCGCCAACUCCUCCCCUCCGUCACUCGUCGAUCCCUCCCUGGAGCUAUCUCCCUCCGACCCUUUUCGCACAUGAUUCAAAACAGCCUCACGAGGUUGCGGGCAGCUUCCAAGCAGAACAACAAUGCUGUUGCGGCGACUGUUGGCGCCUCUCGGCAGAUCGAGCAGGUCCGCGGAAUGAAGACCCGGUCCUCGGUGAAGCGGCUUUGUGAUGGUUGCAAGCCCGUUCGCCGAAAGAACCGUGUUUACAUUAUCUGUUCCAAGAACCCCAAGCACAAGCAACGACAAGGCAAAUAA